AUGGACUUUGCGUCCCUCAUGAACAAGGAGCUCUCCAAGGCCAAAACAACAAACGACUCGUCCAAAAAAUACCUCAAACGAUCUGAAAUCGAAGAAGAGCGGAAACAGGCAUACAUAGCAGAGCAAAAGACCCUCGAGGAGGAGCGCGAAGCGAAAGCAGCAGCCAAGCGCAAACGAGAGGAAGAGCUGGCGACGGAGAAUGCAGCCCGCGAAGAGAAGAGACGCAAACUAGCCGAAGAGUCGAGGAAACUAAAAGAAGAGAGGGAAGAGGAGGAAGAAAGAGCGAGGAGAAAGCGGCUAGGGCUUCCGGAACUCGUAAAGAAGAAGGAGGAAGACGAAGGCCAGGCCGUGCAAGAUGAUGUCCCGGAGGAAGAGCUGCGGGAGAAAUUGAGAGAAAUAGGACACCCGGUGAUGCUUUUCGGGGAAUCGCACGCUGCCAAGUUAAGGAGGUACAGGAAGUUGACGACGGUGAUGAGCAUGGGCCCCAUACCGACGACGCUGGCGCUGGUGGAGGAAAAGGACAUGAAGGUCGACGGGACGGUGCCCGCGGACAGAGACGGGAGGAAGUGGCUGUUCAGACAGCUCGCGAGCUACUUCACCAUGGUGCUCACAGAGUACGAGAGGACCAUGGAGGAGGAGAAGAGCGAAACGAGCGCCGGCAAGACGGCGUACAGCGCCAUGGUGCAAACCAGAGAAAAUAUGAAGCCGCUCUUUCGCAAAUUCGAAUCCAACGACGUGGACGACUCCCUCCUCGUACCGGUGGUGCAAAUCGUGCAGGCCCUUCAGGAAAGACGCUACGUCGACGCCAACGACGACUAUCUCCGUUUGAGUAUCGGCAAGGCCGCCUGGCCCAUUGGCGUGACCAUGGUUGGUAUCCACGAGAGAAGCGCUCGCGAGAAGCUGCACAACGGCGAGAAGGGUCACGUCAUGGGUGAUGAGGUUACGCGCAAGAUUUUGCAGAGCAUCAAGCGCUGUCUUACCUUUGCCCAAGUGAGGUGGCCGCCGACGGAUUUGAGACAGCUGAUGGGCUGA